AUGAACACAAGAAUUUGGACAGGAACUACAUUGCUGCCUUAUUGGUUCAGUCCGUUCGAGAUGAUCCAGCUUGCAAAAUAUCACAAGCGCAGAAUAUUGUGGUCUCAAUUGGGAUUUCAACUUUCAAAGAUGCAAGCUUGGUAUGGUUUGAAGCGUUGCAGAGAUAACUUGUUCGGGAGUUGGGAGUCCUCAGUGAACAAACUGCCCAAGUUUAUGAAGGCACUCCAUAGAACGAACCCGGGUACGGCAAUUGAGUGGGUUUUCAAACCAACAGACAUUCCAACACGGAAGAUGAUCAAGUACUUCUUUUGGGCCUUCAAGCCAUGCUUGGAUGGAUUCAAGUUCUGUCGAAAAGUUAUUAGUGUGGAUGGAACUCAUCUGUACACUAAGUACAAGCACAAGUUACUAAUUGUCGUUUGCUUGGACGCCAAUAACCAAGUGCUACCACUAGCAUUUGCUCUUGUUGACAAUGAAACCACGGCGGCUUGGAGGUGGUUUUUUCAAAUGCUACACAGACAUCUAAUUUCUCAAAUUCCAGAUGGAGAAAGCGUUUGUGUAAUUUCAGAUCGAGCUCCGGGAAUUUUACGAGCUUUAGCGGAGUUGCCCGAAUUUGCUCCCCCUAAUGUUUUUCACAGGUUUUGCUUGAGACACGUGUGCUCCAAUUUCAACAAACGUUUUAAGAGUGUAGAUUUGAAGGAUCUAUGCUACAAGGCGGGAGCGGAGUCUCAAAUUUGGAAGUUUAACCACAUUCUUAAUGUGAUCAAAUCUCGGAGUGUUGAAGCUUAUAAUUAUUUGAAGGAUAUUGAUCAAGAAAAAUGGGCAUUUGCACAUGAUGGGGGCAAUCAUUGUGGUCAGCUUACUACAAACAUGUCAGAGGCUCAUAAUGGUGUUCUCAAGGGAACUCGAAAACUUCCCAUCUCAACAAUUGUUGACCUCACAUUCAACCGCAUUCUUAGGUAUUUUUUUAAUCGUCUCGAAAAGGCCAAUUUGAUGGUUCAGAGAGGACAGUUGUGGUCCACAUAUGCUUAUGGCGUUUACCGGAAACAUGAAGCCAAGUCUGUUGGAUGUUACACAACUCGUUUUAAUCAGCAACUGCUCUCUGCCGAGGUGAUCACUAAAGCUCGUCCAGGUGGAGGUGGAAAUAACAAACACACCGUGAGUUUAAGGGACCAAACUUGUACUUGUGGAAAAUGGAAGCUAACAGGAAUCCCCUGCAGUCAUGUCCUCCACGUGUGCCGUGAAUGGAUGUUGUCUGCCUCCGUAUAUGUGAACGAUUGGUACACUGUUGAUCGAUUAGUGAACACUUAUUCUGGGAUAUUCCAACCACUGUUGAGUGAACACUAUUGGGAGGAUGUUGGUUUUGAACUAAUUCAUGAUCCAACACUAUUAGGGGAUCGAAGACGCAGUCGAAUUCCUAAUGAGAUGGAUGUGCCACAAACAAGGGCAAGACAACAAUCUAGAAGAGAUGAACAAGCAAGACGGCUCCGAUAG